UACACCGUUCUCGGGGGACUUUUCCAAAAGUUAGCGAUUCUGAUAGUACUCUUGAUGGUUCAAGACAUUCGUUCAACCCAGUCGGCCGGUCGAGCUGACUUGGGUUUAGUAGAUAUGCAAAUGGACGCAGAAAUUCCCGAGCACGACCAACUAUUCACUCCAUCAGCCUCGGCAACGUACCCGAAUGCAAUGUUCCCACCUUCAAUCCAGGAAGCUGUGAAUGCACAAAGCAUAGCAUGGAGAAAUGCCUCCAAUAUAUUUCCCAGUAUCCAUAGGAUUUCCGGUCAAUAUGCUCCGUCCUGGAACUCACACCAGAAUGAACGCCGGUAUAGUGAGAACUUUCAUGUACUGGAACGCGAUCCGUACGGCCUAUCGAAUCCUCUUGCCAACCGACUCAGCGCAGGGAACCAAGAUACGAAUCACACACACCCCGAACCAUCUUCAUCGUUAACCGACACUUGGCACGAAUCGGCUACACAGAUAUAUGCAAUGCGCGAGUCAGACGAUCCAUCGUUUUGGCAAACGGCAUGUAUAGAAGAAAAAUCUUCGGAAGGUACAGGAAGUUAUGAAAAUAGCUCACAGAUUGAUGAAGCUUUACAAUAUUCAACAGUAUACGCAUUUCCAAACACCGAGAAUGUUUCCGGUCAAAUGAGACGAAAUUACGUGUCUUCAGCGCACGAUAGAGUCUCUGUAGACGAGACCCACACCGCGGACGUACUGGCCAAUAUAUCAUGCUAUAUAUGUAGCACAAUUUUCCACGGAGAGUAUGCGAGAGGGAACCUCCGACGACACGAAAAAACCUGUCAUUCGAAAACACUGCUCAAAUGUGAGUCUCCAGGCUGCGAACGUCAAUAUCGUCGAUCAGAUGCCAGAGCCCAACACUACCGAAGAAGUCAUCCGGAACUUGCGUAAGCCGUCUUCUGUAGUCGUUUAUGGACGGCAAUCAGUAAGGAGAGCAUCCAAUAAACGCAAGCUGAAAGGGAAGCGGGAUCUGCCUGCCUGGUCGAUCGGUAUAAAGGCCAUGGUGUUCUGCGGAGGUUUAUCUUCUCAACUGCUCUUCCUGCGGGCUUUUUUUAUUAUCACUCUUCAAAGAUGUAACAUUCCUUGGUCGGGGUUCCGGUUCGCAUUAUGAUUACUGCUAUCAGACUGUUCGAACUUUUUUUCAACAAUUGAUGGGUCUGCGAUUCACUGCCAUUCUUUGAAGCGACAAAUUAUGCACUUCUUGUAGUAAUAUCCCUUGUCUGCUUCCAAGUACGACGUCGGCACAAGGUUCAGCGGCUCGAUGUGGCGCAUCGACCCACAUGAUUCGAUGGGCCUUGGAACGGCCACAGCGGCUGCUAAGCUCUAUGCGUAAUAUCGAUUUCAACGCAUGUCGUCUUUCCUGAAACUCAGUCUUGGGAAGCUUCUCCGGUCCAAUCAGACCGCGAAUUGCCAUCUUGUGCUGGGCGACAGGGACCUGUUGAGCAAGGUGUAGAGGCGAAGAGCAGAAUGAGCUUGUGAGGCAAGGCAUGCGCAACACACGCAAUGCGCAAUCCUUUUCUUGUCCUGCAAUAUCCUCCUUAUCAAAGCAUUGCAUUCGGCGCUGCAAAGUCACGCCAUCACACCCAUCUUGCUUCCCUUGUUCGGAAUGAAAAUGUUGCGCGGUCGCUCGCAUUGCUGUACCAGUAGGAUAGAUGCCUUCAAGAUGUACAUACAAAGGGCAAGUCCCCUUGUAAUUCUUGAUGAAGACCAUCCAACCAGCUUCAACCACGAUGUUCUGUUGACGCUUGUAUGGGCGCUUGUUUGGGGAAGCCUUUUCGUUGUGUGGGUGCCCAAUUGGUGGGUAU